AAACUUUGUUGGGAUGUUCAGUGGCUUCGCCAACUUCGAUGCUGAUCUUGUUAAGGCUCCCGCCAAUUCUCAUCUCUGGCUGCAUCCCUGUAAAGAAUUCUAGCCGAUGAAUAUUCGUGCAGAGAUGAGGCAAUUAGUAUACAGAGAGAUGAGGCAAUCUUUGGCAGCCCUAAUCCGUGUGGCUGGGACGUAUCGAAAGCCACCUCAAUGAGGAUGAUGUUCCAGAGCUGUGUUCGAUUCAGAGUUAAGGGUUUUUACAUUGCAUCCUGCACUAUCAUGCUUGACUUGUUUCCCGAUAGGAAAGAAGUGAAGGAUGUUGUGAAGAAGGCAAUAGUGCCACCACUAACAGAGGUCGCGGGCUGGAAAGCUGGGACGUGUCAAGUGUGACCGAUAUGACGCACAUGUUUGAGUGCAAUUUCGCUCUUGAUGCGUUCUUGGGUAGCUGGGACGUGUCCUCGGUGCGAAACAUGACUGGCUUGUUCAUUGGUGCCAUUGCGAUGAAGGGGGAAGGCAUAAGUGCGUGGAAUGUCGCAAACGUCACAGAUAUGAGCUCCAUCUUCUCCAGAGCUUCUUCGUUCAACGAACCAAAUUUAGGGAAAUGGAACGUCGCUGCUGUGGAGAGAGUUGGAGGUGCGCUCCGGGGUGCGACAAAAUUCGCGCAGCCGCUUAAUGACUGGGAUCUAUCAAAAGCAUUCAACACUUGGCGAGAUGAAAUAAGUAGAAGUCCCGCUCGUCCCUUUUUUCUUACGUUUGAUACAUUCAUGUGUCACAUUUUGUGUGACACUGACAUCUACUCGGACGACCCUGGCGUUUGCAAGCUUUCUCGCGCUCUCUGGCCGCGCGAUCCCACGAAGAAAACCACAGAAGGUCACAUUGCAGUGUCUCCCGUGUCCCGAGCCUCUGCGUCUAAAUCUCCUCCAUGGACUGUUGAGUCGACGGAAAUGUUAUCAGGACUUUCCCGAGAACCGCUCCCCUCGU